AUCAUCAACCGAUAUGGACCAGUUUGUACACUCAUAGCCUGCAAUUUUAGAAGAUCUGGUCACCACACUAUAUGUGGUCAGUUGAUGAUUAUGUAGAUACUAGAGAGAGAGAGAGAGAGAGAGAGAGAGAGAGAGAGAGAGGAACAAAUGGCUGGAAAAACUCAUGUUCUAGUCAUUCCUUACCCAUCACAAGGCCACAUAAACCCAAUGCUACAAUUCUCCAAGCACUUGACUUCAAAAGGUGUGAAGGUCACAUUAUUACUCACCCCCGGAGCCUUUAGCACCAACAUCCAAGUCCAAGCCAACUUCGUGAACAUUGUGUGCAUUUCCGAUGGCUCCGGUCAAGGCGAUGAAGCUGAGGGCAUGGUCGCCUACGUCGAGCGCUUCAGAGCUGCAGUGUCUCUGAGCUUAGCCGAACUCAUCGAUAAACAAAAGAGCUCUGACGAUGACCCUGCUAAGGUACUCGUGUAUGACUCGGGUAUGCCAUGGGCUCUAGAAAUAGCGCAACGCUUCGGCCUCCGUGGAGCUCCAUUCUUUACACAAUCCUGUGCUGUUACUGCCAUCUACCAUCAUGUGUACGAAGGGAAUUUCAAGCUUCCGUUAGAAGGGGUUAUGGUUGCGUUGCCUUCGAUGCCACUACUGGAGACGAACGACCUUCCGUCUUUCAUUUCUGACACGGGCACGUACCCAGGUCUGCUGAGCCUAAUUAUCAACCAGUUCUCCAAUAUUCAGAAGGCAGAUUGGCUCUUGUUUAACACCUUUGACAAGUUGGAAGAAGAGGUAGUGAACUGGAUGACAAGUCAAUGGCCUAUAAAGACAAUAGGGCCAACCAUUCCAUCAAUGUAUUUGGACAGGAGGUUGGAGAAUGACAAAGACUAUGGCCUCAACCUCUUCCAGCCCGGUGCUGAAGCUUGCAUUAAAUGGCUAGACACGAUGGAAAAAGGUUCGGUCGUUUACGCAUCGUUCGGGAGCUUGGCGAGCUUAACUGAAAACCAGAUGGAGGAAAUUGCAUGUGGCCUGAGAAACUGCGGCAGCUACUUCUUGUGGGUGGUUAGGGAUUCUGAAGAGAGCAAGCUUCCCCGCGGUUUCGUGGAAGAAACAUCAGAGAAAGGUCUAAUUGUCAGCUGGUGUUCUCAAGUCAAAGUCUUGGCUCACCGGGCGGUGGGGUGUUUCAUGACUCACUGCGGUUGGAACUCAACGCUCGAGGCUCUAAGCUUGGGGGUUCCCAUGGUGGCUGUGCCACAGUGGACGGAUCAAGCGACCAAUGCGAAGUUUAUUGUGGAUGUGUGGAAUGUAGGGUUGAGGGUAAAGGCCAAUGACAAAGGUAUUGUUACUGGAGAAGAGAUAGAAGUGAGUGUAAAAGAAGUCAUGGAGGGAGAAAGAGGGAAUGAGCUUAGAAGGAAUGCUGCUUGUUGGAAAGAAUUGGCCAAAGAGGCAGUUGAUGAAGGUGGAAGCUCUGCUAACAACAUUGAUCAAUUUGUUUCAGAAAUUGUGCAACUAAGUAGUAUCUGAUACAUACAAGUACUCCCUCGGUCCCAUGUUCUCCUGAACGUUUCUUCAAUAUUCUAAUUAUCUUAAAACUUUUUCCGCAAGAUCUAAUUGAGAUCUUAUCAUUUGUGUUCAAAACUGAAAAAUCCAAUCACACAAAAGUACAUUAUUUGUUUUUGUUAAA